AUGUUCAACCUCGUUAUACUUCUCCAGAGCUUAGCUUCCGCGGGCUUAAGAGACGCCUUUUCGUGUCCUUUGAGCAUCCCAUUAUCGUGCUCCAACUCCACUCCUGUGGCCGACUCCUGCUGCUUUGAGUAUCCUAAUGGUGCCAUUUUGCAGACCCAAUUCUGGGACUACAGCCCUGCCACCGGUCCUGAUGAUUUGUUCACCUUGCACGGGUUGUGGCCCGAUACCUGCUCCGGGGGGUACAACCAAUACUGUAACCCAAGCUGGGAAAUUUCUGGCAGCGAUUCCGUUUCUAGUGUUUUAACCAGCUUCGGUGAAACCGACUUACUUACCACUAUGCAACGAGUAUGGAAGAACCUCGGAGGCGACGAUGAAUCCUUAUGGCUCCAUGAGUAUAACAAGCACGGAACUUGCAUGAACACCUUGAGCCCAAGCUGCUACUCUUCCUACACCCAGUAUGAGAAUGCUAAGGACUUUUUCAAGAUUGCCGUGGCGACGUAUAACAAAUUGCCAACCUACGAAUGGUUGAAGGCCGCUGGAAUUACUCCAAGCACCACUCAAACGUAUACAAAGCUGCAGAUUGAGGCUGCCUUGACCAAGAACUACGGCCACUCUGUUUACAUUUCCUGUGACAGCAGUAACGCUCUUAACGAAGUCUGGUAUUUCUACCAUGUCCAAGGCUCAAUCAUGAACCAGAACUUUGUUUCCAUCGAUUCCUUGAACACUUCUGGUUGUUCUGCCUCCGGGAUCAAGUUCCUCCCAAAGACUUCAUCCGCAUCCACUAAAACCACUGGUACCACCACCACCAAGACAACUACUGGAGCGACCACCACCGGCACUGCCUCUUCUUCUACCGGAUUUGUUACGUUAACUGGCAAUUCAGGGUGUCUUAUCAGCAAUGGGAAGUGGUAUACUACCGGUACCUGUGCUACGUUCACCCUUGAGGCCGCUGGUUCUGGGUACAGGUUAAAAACAUCCAAAGGCUAUUGUAGCGUGGAUACUUCCUCUGGCGCUCUUUCCUGUGCCUCCACGAUUACCACUACCACUGCCACUAUCUUUGGCUACGAUACCUCCUCCAAGGCUAUUUCCCUCUCCGGAAACACCGCCUGGAGUGCUGCCUCGACCGCCAGUGGUUCCGCGCAAGUGCUGGUGUAUGCGGGUAACUCUUACUCAGUGGACUUCCAGCUCCAAUUCAGUUAAGACAACUCACGGCACAUUAUGACAGUCAGGCCUAGAUUGAUUUAGAUUGAUACGCGUCGUUUAGAAAAAAAAGUACUUUGAGUACCAACUUAUAUGAUUAAAUGAUUGAGGCCUGUAAGCAGUGACGUGCCGCUCGUAGUGGGUCAAUAUUACUGGACA